AAACAAUAAAACUCAUCAAAAACAAAAAUCCCAGAAGCUUGUAGUAUCAAACAAACACACGUUGAAGUGCACCGAACUCAACUUCCCGGAACCGGAGGGUUUGUUAGUCGUCGGCCGCCAUAAACAGUUAUGAUAAUCCAUCCCAGAGUUGUCAAUCACCGAUCACAUUGAGGAUUUUGACUCCAUGGCCUCUAAAACUGAAAGUGAGAGUCCAAUGGAUACUACACCGUCAACGCCAAAGAAUAUAUACAAGGAUCCAGAUGAUGGGCGGCAACGGUUUUUGCUUGAACUGGAAUUUGUUCAAUGCCUUGCUAAUCCUACCUACAUCCACUAUUUGGCUCAGAACCGAUACUUUGAGGAUGAUGCGUUUAUUGGGUACUUGAAGUAUCUUCAAUAUUGGCAACGCCCUGAAUAUAUUAAAUUUAUUAUGUAUCCUCACUGCCUCUAUUUUCUCGAGCUUCUUCAGAAUGCAAAUUUUCGUAAUGCAAUGGCUCAUCCUAGCAAUAAGGAAUUGGCACAUAGACAGCAGUUCUACUACUGGAAGAACUAUAGGAAUAAUCGGCUAAAACACAUAUUACCAAAAUCACUUCCAGAACCUACUGCUGCACUUCCAGCUCCUGCUUCAACUCAGGCCCAGCCACCUGUGCCGGCACUACCACCAGUACCUGCAUCAAGCGUUGCUAUGACAACAUCUUCUUCCCAAGCUCCUUCUCCAAUGCCAUAUGGUGGCUCUGGUCUUGCAAAAAACGACAUGAGGAAUCCUGCGGUUGAUAGAAGGAAAAGAAAGUGAGUGCUUUGUAUGAUAAUGACAUGGUCAAUACUUUCUUCCUUCGCAGCUGGGAGUUGAAGUGACGAUAAUGAUAGGGCAAAAUUUUCUAGCAAUUAAGUUAUUUUCAUUACUGUUAUUUUAACUGUAAAUUAUUUUCUGUCCGGCUAUCACAGUGCCGAUUGAAAAUUCAUAUGCAGUAGUUGAAAAAUGAGUUGUAAAAUGCUUUAACGGAUUUCAAAUUAUCUUUUUGAUGGAUAUUUCUGCCUGAAAUAGUUUA